CAAUAGAUUCACGGGACAUGAGUGCGUUUCAAGACAGUUCCUUUGAUGCGGUCAUUGACAAAGGCCUGGCCGACGCCAUGCUAUGUGGAGUUGAUCCGGCCGAAGGCGUUCUACAAAUGCUAAGAGAGACUUACAGGAUUUUGAGACCACAAGGAGUGUUUAUGCUGAUCACAUACAGCCACCCCAAAAUACGAAUGCCGGCGUUGCUGGAACCAGGAUUGAAAUGGUCCAUCCUUCUGUACGCCUUGGCCAAGCCUGGCACUGAGAAAGCCGUAAUGGAAACUAUUGAGGGAGUCGCUCCAGAUUCACUGCCCAUUGACGAGCGCAACUGGUCUCUCGGCUUGGAAGAUUUUGAAAUAUAUUUAAUUAACUUUACUAGCUAUAGCCACAUUUUAAUCUAA